AUGGACGACAUCCGCGCGCUGCAAGAAGCAUGCUUGCGCGACCGGCAGGAACGUGACCAGUGGCAACACGCCUUCCUCGCGGAGCAGGACAAAUGUAAGAAUCUGCAGCUGCGACUUGACCACGAGGCCCAGCACGCCGCGAAGCUUCUGGAUGCAGUGGCCCAGCGCCGCAAAGCACAGCAGAACGAGGUGACCGCCGCCGUCUCUUACCAGAAGACCCUUUUGGAACUGACGGCGCUGCAGCAGGCGCAUCUAGAAUCGCAGCAGGUGCGCCUUCGAAAGCCGGUGACGGCACAUCAUGAGGAGGUUGAGGCGCUCCGAAACCAACUAGACACCGCACGCCGUACGACAACGGAUCUUGAAUCUGAGCUGGCUGCGGAACGCGCGGGACGCGUGACCCAGGUUGAUGACCUAAUGACUCAGCUGAAGGAGCGUACGGCGGCAGCCGCGGCGGAGGUGGCGGCCCUGCAUGAGAGCUACGGCGGGCGACUGGGCCUCCUGGAGGACUUCAAGAACCAGCUACUGGCGGAUAAGGCGGCCGCGGAGGAGCGCUGGUCACGGGAGCGUGCGUCGCUCAAGGCACAGCAGGCAGAGAGCGCGGCGGCCGCGGCGGCCGGUGGCGGCAGUAGCGAGGCGGCGUGGAAGGCAAGGCUGAUGAGACUUCGGGCUGAAGCCGACGCGGUGCGGCGGGAACGCGAUGCGGCGCAUGCGGCAUUGCGCGCCGCCGGCAUCACACCGCCGGCUCCCUCAGCGGUGGUGGCGCCGCCUCUAGCGCCAGGCAACACCACGUCUGUGGUCACUGCUGCUACAGCCGGUGGUGGUGGCGCCGUCGGCGGCGGUGGCCUGCCGAUGAGCUCGGCGGCUGCGGCCCACCAGGCAGCUCAAAGACACAACACAUACGACCCAGGCCAGCUCCACCUACCGCCACAACAGCAGCAGCAGCAGCAGCACCCGCCGCCACACCAUACGCAGCAGCAGCAGCAGCAUCCGGCCACCGCCACCGCCGCCGGCCACCAAGCCGCACGCGGACCGCUCCGCAAUGGUGGUGGUGGUCUCGGAGCCGCGCCGCGCAUGGCACUUGGGGGCCCUAUGGGACGGCCGGGCUCCGGAGGACCUGGCGGUCUGGGGGCAGCCUACGGGCUACCCGGAACGCAGCAGCUCUCGCACCUGACUGUGGCUCUGUGGAGGCGGCUAAAACCGGGAGCAAGAGGCGGACCAUACCGUGAGAGCGGUCCUCCUCGUGCAGAAUGUCCUCUGGAGGCGGAGCCUCCAGGGGGAAUCAGCGCCGUACAUACCGUCCUGAUGCGCGACGUUUCUGCGCCCAGCCAGCCAGGCAUGAUGGGCGUAACCGGGUGUACUCCUCCGCCUCUGUAUUCUAGUGGCCUCAUUCCAUUCACCAACGCUGCGCCCCUCCCAACCCUGACGGGCCUUGUGCUCCUGUACUACUGCUCGUCCCACUCGCAAGCUCACUUCCCGAUUGCCAGCACAUAA